GCGCACCAGUACCAUCGACCACAUAAAAUUACGCAGACCAUAUAGACUAUGUGUCAAAAUCGAGGGCAAGACACGUCGUCGUCGCUGGCGCAGUUGGGAAGCGGAGUUGAAAAUUACGAAAUAAAAAAUUACAACAUGGUGCCUGGUUAAACCUUGAAAGCUUGAAGACUGCUGUCAUAUGCAUCAAUGAUCAUAGCCUUAUUCCGACACGAUGGUCAAUUCCGUUGAAUUUAUGUGGGGUCCUGGGGCCAUCGGAUUCAUGAUUGCUACAGCGUUCUAUGGGGUAGCUUUCUGGCAGUAUAUCUUCUACCUCAGAUCAUUUCCUCAAGAUUCGAAAAGACUCAAACUAUUCGUAUUUGUGGUCUUUUGUCUCGGAACAAUACAUGAAUAUGCCUUGAUAGGGAUGUACUGGUCUAUCCUUAUUUCAUGCCGUCGUAGCACAUCCCAUGAGUGCACGGCUGAACUUCCAUGGCAGAUGCUGGGGGUAUUUAUGGCAUGUUGGAUUGUAUUCGCAGUUCAGUGCUUUUAUGCACACAGGGUGUGGAUAAUCACGGAACACAACCGCUUAAUCACAGGCAUAAUUUGCGCGUUCGCCGUUACAGCAUUUGUUUUCGGCACGAUAACAGGCGCUGUGAUAUUCAACACGAGAAAUCCUGUAGAUUUAUUCGGCAAAAAGUGGUGUCAGAUUUCUGCAGUUGCUGGUGCCUUGGGUGAUAUUGUCAUUACCGGGUCAGUCUGGUGGUUUUUGCGCCCUGCACGAACAGACAAUGUCAAAGCCAAAUUAUCUCAAUAAACUGACACAAAUUUUUGUUAACAUGGGUUUAUUUACCUGGUACGUGUAAUGUUACAAAUGCGUCGAACACUUCCGUCACAAGGUUUUCCAGCAUUGCGGCAAUCGCGAUGGCUGUGCUCUAUCAGGUUCAGCAUGGUGGUCUUGGCCAGUUCUAUUCCGCUUUGCCUGGAUCACUUCUAGCCAAAAGUCAGUUGGUUGCAUACUCACUGUGCAAAC